UGACAGUGACUUACAUUAAGUAAACAAAUCAAUCUCAGAACCAAACUAUAAAAUUGUAUUUUUAUCCAUUAAUUAGUGGAAAAAUGGCAAACGACACUCCAGAGAGUGAUUUUUCAAUAGAAUGCUUUCAAAACUACUCAGCGCCCGAAGUAUUUGUGCAAGGGUUGGCGGGCAUGGUGGACCAAACUGACGUCGAAACUAUUAUUCGUGCGCAAAAAAAUAUGCUACAAAGAUUUGAAAAAACUACUGAAAUGCUGACAAAUUGUAACCAAUUGUCUGCGAGCCGUCUCCGCGCUGCAUCUGUAGAAUUCAAGAAACAUACACAACUGCUUCUAGAUAUGAAAAAAGACCUUGAGUUUAUAUUCAAAAAAAUACGGGCUAUCAAAACUAAGCUAAGCACACAAUACCCUGAAGCAUACAAGCACGCCAUAGCAACAUCGAUAGCUAACAGCAAACCAAUUGACGAGGAAGACGUAGACAAACCACCGGAUGUACAGGCCGAAACCAAAAUGGUGGCAACCGUCUCUACGGAAACUUUGAAACCCACUGCCAGUGAUGAUAAGAAGAAGAAGAAGGAGAAUAGAAAUAGUAACGAUAAGAGUAACAAUAAUGUAGAAGUUGUGAAGGUGAAAGGCAGCAGCUCUUCGGAGACUGAGAGUGCAAGUUCAGGGGAUGACAGCAGUACAGACACGGGAUGAAAUUUGAAGGGAUCCAGUUUUGGCCCCUGGCUUUACCUUUUAGGUCUGACUUAUUCUGCUAUUCAAAACAAUAACUUCAAUAUUUAUUAUAUUAUUCAUAAUUAUUGACAAUUAUUCAAUAAAUAAAUAUUGUGAAAUUUGAUAUGUGGCGACAUCUAUACGCAACAUGACACAAAAAUAAAAUCACGCAACGCUAUCAGUAAAAAAAAAACAUUUUUCCGGAUUCGGACACAUCCUUUGUCGCGCGGUUCCCCAGGCAUAACACCUAGCCUGGCGGAAGUACUUCCGGUCGAGCCGAAACAUCGCUCCCGCUACAGAUAUAAUGAAUUCAGUUAAAGGAGUACAUAUUGUUAAAAAUAUUAUGCGUGGUGUCGCAAUAUGAAAGUCUUUUAGUGAUUGUUAGGAGUUAUUGGCCUCUGAAAAUGCAUUGGAAAUGUGCUUGUAUUAAUUCACGAGGUCCCACAUUCUGUUUCUGGUCGGUGGAUUUAUUCCUAGGCUGAGACCACACUUCUUAUACUGUGCUAAGAGUAUUAUAUUAGGCUGAGUUCACAUUUCGCCCUUCUAUGCAAACAGUUGCCUGAAUGUGCAGGUUUCCUCACGAUGUUUACCCUCACCGUAAAGAGCAUCGGUUGGUAUUCAAACAAAUUUACGUAACAUCGAAAAUAGUAAUUGGUACAUGGCUGGGGCGGGAUUUAAAACCGAACACCUUAUCAUUCGACCACAGACAAUCUUAAUAAAAAUUGCAAAUAAUAAUUAUUAUGUAAAAUAGCUACAAUUAACUUACUUAUAUAUUGUUUAGUGAAGGGGGUAAUUUUGUAGUUUGUGGUUGUGAACACCAGUACCAUUGAUUGGAUGGGCUUACCAUACACAGGGGUGCCCCAACUCCUUGAUUAUUUACUACAAAUAUGUAUAUAUUAUAGUAUUGUAUCUGCUAUAGUUACCAAAAGUUAUUCUUUGUCUAUGUUUAAAAAAAAAACAAGCUUGUACAGUAAUCUUAUUUUAAUUCUUAAUAAAAU